AUGUCGUUCCUGUAUUAUAAAGACGUUAUAGAGGAAGAGGACUUGGUAAUGGCAUUUAUAUCGAGGAAUGACAUUAAGCCUAUGAUAGUCAAAUCCGGGGAAACCUUAAACACACGUUACGGUGUGUUUCCACAUGAUUUGAUGAUUGGAGCCCGUUAUGGAGAACAAAUAGCCAGCGCUAAGGGAUACGGUUUCAUUCAUUUGCUUCAGCCUACCCCAGAGCUAUGGACCCUAUCUUUACCCCAUAGAACUCAGAUUGUAUAUACCUUUGAUAGUUCAUAUGUUGUGCAGAGGUUACGAGUUCUUCCAGGUAGUCGAGUGAUUGAGGCUGGUACGGGAUCUGGGUCUUUCAGUCAUGCUUUUGCCCGUACGAUACACAGCAAUGGACGUCUCUUCAGCUAUGAGUUUCAUAAGCCACGUUAUGAAGAGGCCAAGGGGGAGUUUGAAUGUCACAAGUUGCCCAAUAUCACCUUAACUCAUCGAGAUGUAUGCACAGACGGAUUCAAAGUUGAUGGAGUCAACGUGGAUGGUGAUGCCGUAUUUUUAGAUCUCCCAGCUCCUUGGGAAGCAAUUGAGCAUCUUGAUGAAGUAGUGGCAAAGGAUCGUCGGGUGUCCAUAUGCUGUUUCUCCCCGUGUAUAGAACAAGUUGUGAAAACGAUAGAAGCAUUAACGGCGAAAAACUGGAAUGGCAUUGAAAUGGUUGAAGUUUCUGGACGUAAGUGGGAAGCUCAUCGUGAGAUGGUGAGAGAUGUGGAUGAAGCGGUCGCUCGUCUGAAAGAUAUCAAAAAGAGGGCAGUAGCAGGCCUGGAACGCAAGAGAAAAUUGAAUCAGACCUCUGAUGAAUUUGAGAAUGAGGAUAUUGACAUCCAAACCACUGAAGAAAAUGACAUUUCUCAUAAGGAGCCUGCUGGGAAAGGUGAAACUGAUCUUAAACCAAAGUCGGACCAAAAUACCAAGGAUCGUGGGUAUAAUCCGUUUGGCAAAGGUAUGCGUAUACGAGAAGGUGAUCCGGCAUAUAAUUGGAUCAAUGUUACACGUUCAGAACCUGAAGUCAAGUCGCACACAUCCUAUUUGACAUUUGCCUAUAGAAAUCAAUAG